CUCGCAGCAGAUGAAGCAAAACUCACACACCUCCUUCAAGAAGCCCAUGCACAAUGCGCCUUUAGCGAUCCAACCGUUGAGAUCCGGUAUGCAGGCGGAUGGGUGCGUGAUAAGCUCGUUGAGAAGCCAAGCCACGAUAUUGACAUUGCAGUCAGUUCCCUCUCUGGUCAUGCCUUUGCUCAACAAUUUGCUGCGUUUCUAGCAAAAGCGCAUCCUGACCUCACAACGGGGACGAUUGCCAAGAUUCAAGCGAAUCCAGAGAAGAGUAAGCAUUUGGAUACAGCAACAGCAAGGUUCCUUGGAUUGGAGUUGGAUUUUGUGCAGCUACGGACAGAAUCGUAUGCAGAGUCUGGCGAUACACGAACGCCAAGUAUCACGGGCGUGGGCACAUUACUUGAAGAUGCAGAACGACGUGAUUGCACCAUGAAUGCGCUCUACUACAAUGUGCAUUCAGAGAAAGUGGAAGAUCCAACGGGUAGGGGAUUGACGGACUUGAAGCGUGGUCUCAUCCAGACACCCCUCCCACCGAGACAGACAUUCCUCGAUGACCCUCUACGUGUCCUGCGAUGCGUACGAUUUGCAAGUCAAUUCGGGUUUGAGAUUGAAGAGGGGACCCUCGCGUGUCUGGCAGCAGGAGAAGUGCGCGAUGCGCUUGAUCGCAAAGUCGUGAGGGAGCGUAUCGGUCUUGAAGUGUACAAGAUGCUACGGGGUAUUGAUCCAGCACGCGCACUCAAAACACUUCAAUCAAGUGGAUUGUAUGAAGUUGUCUUUGCGCCGUUGCCAAGUGAUGUCUCUACAGCCAAUUUCGAAGCACUUGAACGGGCCAUGCGCAUCUGUCGGGAGGAACCUGCAUUGAUGCAACACUACGACGCCUAUCUCGACGGCAGACUUUGGCUCGCCAUUGCCUUGUUACCAUACAGAGACGUGCGCAUGCCCAAGGAUAAACGAGGGUAUCAAGAUCCCCUUGCAUGCGGCAUCAUUCGAGAUCGCCUCAAGCUGACCAAUGCGCUCGAAUUGCUUUGCAGACAACUAUUCCCUGUGUCAGACACAGCAAGCGUCACUGCUGAUGCAAGUCGACUGGAGCUUGGCCAGUUAGUGCGCAAGCUCGGCCGCGACUGGCGACUUGUAUUGCUGGUUGAGACCUUGGCAACUCAGGAAGCGCGAUCCAUUGCAGACUUGGAGAAAUUGCUGGAACGCAUCAAGCAGGAGGGUCUGGAAGAUGCGCAUACUUUCAAAACGCCCGUCGAUGGUAAAAAGAUUCGAGCCUUGCUGCUGGCUGCCAAGCAGGAUAUCAAGCUCAUGAGCGUCCUGACAGAGCUUGCAGUGCUUUACCGCAUUGAAGACGCGACCAUUUGCGAGGAGGACAUUCUGACGCGUCUCGAGGCGCAUCUUGCCUCAUUGCCAAGCAAAUCAUGAUUAAGUCUUGCAUUCCCUUAUACCAGCAUUAAGCAUAACAUAGAAAUAGCAUCGAAUAUCAUUUACAC